AGAGAGGCUAGCAAGCCUGCGUAGCUACGGGAACGAUCACAGCCCAACGACAAAAAUACUCAUUCCGCCUUAAGAAGCUGUCGCAUAGCAUCUCCAAAGCACUGGGAGUGCAAAGCGCGGCCCAAACUUCGCUAUGGCUUCCCAUACUCCCGCCGUUGUCAUGGACAAGUACGUACUCCAUUCCUGAGAGUAGUGAGUAGAGUAGAGAGCAGGGGCAGUGAGCUGUUGGAUGUAGCUUCUCUAGAAGUUUUUAGGUGUUUCUAUAAUUGCUAAUGGUAUAUCUGUAGCGGUACUGGCUUUUCCAAGCUGGGUGAGUUCCCCUGAUUCCCUCGAAUCCCAGUCGCCGACUGACAAUAAUAUGGCACAGGCUUCGCAGGCAACGAUUCUCCGUCCUUCGUCUUUCCUACCGCAAUAGCGACCAAAGGACCUGCGGCAGGUGGAGCAAGCUCCGGAUCUGGUCGUCCAGCGGUAGCCAACAAACCCUCAUAUCUUACGGGGGGUGCUGGUCCGGGUGGUCAUUUAUCGAUGAAGCGCGGAACGGAAGAUCUGGAUUACUUUAUUGGAGACGAAGCCCUCGCUGCAGCAAAUGGACCAGGUAUAUUGGCUUAGGUGGAGGAUUUUAUGGCAUACGCUAACCAUGGCAGGUUAUGGAAUCCAUUAUCCUAUUCGACAUGGUCAAAUCGAGAACUGGGUAAUGAACACUUCAGCCUCCUCGCGGCCUGGAAGCUAAUCUAAUGCAGGAUCAUAUGGAAAGAUUUUGGUCCAACUCCAUUUUUAAAUACCUCCGCGUGGAACCAGAAGACCAUUAUUUCCUUCUAACUGAACCAGUAUGUUCCGGUCCCUCCUGUCUAUGAAGAGCUGUUCUGACCAAAGCCCCUAGCCUCUGAACCCUCCAGAAAAUCGCGAGAACACAGCCGAAAUCAUGUUCGAAUCAUUCAAUUGUGCUGGUCUUUAUAUUGCAGUGCAGGCUGUGCUCGCUCUCGCAGCAUCAUGGACGUCGUCCAAAGUCUCGGAUCGAUCCCUAACGGGGACAGUUAUAGAUUCCGGUGAUGGAGUGACACACGUUAUUCCAGUCGCGGAAGGUUAUGUUAUUGGCUCCUCGAUCAAGUCAAUUCCAAUCGCUGGACGAGAUAUCACCUACUUUGUGCAGUCACUUCUUCGAGACCGCGGAGAGCCAGAUUCCUCUCUGAAGACUGCAGGAGAGAUUAAGGAAGAAUACUGCUAUGUUUGCCCAGAUAUUGUCAAGGAGUUUUCUCGAUUUGACCGUGAUCCAACUCGUUUCGUGAAGCACUUGGUUACACAACCCGGUGGCCGUCAAGUGUCUGUUGAUGUUGGUUACGAGCGAUUCCUUGCACCAGAAAUCUUUUUCAACCCCGAAAUUUACUCUUCCGACUUCUUAACACCUCUCCCUACUGUCGUUGAUGGUGUGAUUCAAUCCUCGCCGAUUGAUGUGCGAAGAGGACUAUACAAGAAUAUUGUGUUAUCUGGAGGCAGCACACUAUACAAAGAUUUUGGAAGACGAUUACAACGUGAUAUCAAGCAUCUUGUCGAUGCUAGAAUUCGAGCUAGUGAGGCUAAAAGUGGUGGCGCGAAGAGUGGUGGCUUGGAGGUGCAAGUCAUUUCACACAAAAGACAACGACAUGGACCGUGGUUUGGUGGAAGUUUGUUAGGUCAAACACCUGAAUUCAGAAGUUACUGUCACACGAAGGUAUGUCUCACGACCAAAUUUAUUUUUUGGGUUCUGGGGAAGCAAACAAUAUGUUUUAUUAGUACCUUAUAUUAACUUUAUUCUAGGCCGAGUAUGAUGAGAUAGGACCAAGUAUCGUCCGAAGAUUUGCACUAUUGGGUGGUCCUGGAGGCUCAUAGUGAAGGGGGCUGUGGGUACGGUUGAUGAAAGCAUAGGAAGCGAAUGUUGAGUGAACCAAGAAGACUGGCGACAGAAGCCGAUUCGAGCUCAGGGGACAAAAGCGAUA